AUGGGAAAUUGUAGUUGUCGCUCAAAUACAAAUAAUAAACUUGAAAGUGGUGAAGAACAUGAUACGCAAGACAUGUCCCCUACUGCUGAAAAACGAAGACUCUCUUCAAAGAAACCUGUAUUACCUACAUUACCCGGAUUUAACGAAGAUGAAAAUUCACGAUAUCCUCUUUAUGAUAAUGAUGACAUAAUUUCGCAUUCACAAUUACAACAUAAUAUACACAGAUACAUAUGGCAAAAUAAUUUCAGUUCUCCUGUAGACGAUUUAUUAAGAAAAGGAAGUGCCAGAGUUUUGGAAAUUGGUUGUGGUGAUGGAAUUUGGACCAUUGAUUUGGCAAAAGAAUUUACUUGGAGUCUUUUCACUGGUGUUGAUGCUCAUCAAAAAUUUGACCAAAGAGUCGAACAAACAAAUGUCACUUUUUUGAAAGCUGACGUUUUGGAUGGUUUACCUUUCGAGUCUAAUUAUUUUGAUCUGGUCUUUAUGAGAUUCUUAUCUUUUAGUGAAAGGCAAUGGUUGGAAAAAGUCGCAAAUGAAAUAGUUAGAGUUUGCAAACCUGGUGGUUGGGUUGAAAUAAUGGACUGUACUAAUCAAUAUGCUCCAAAAGGUUCUGCCACAAGCCAAUUGGAGAUAGUGUAUUACGAAUAUCUAAAAUCUAAAAAUCCCGAUUUAAUGCUAAAUCCUCGAUACGAAGAUUACCUACGAAGUACAAACAAAAUAACUGUGAUAAAAAGAGAAGAAAAAAGAAUCACUUUAGGAAAAGGUGGUGGAAAAAUUGGUCCUCUUUUAGUACAGAAUAUCAUUGCAACCUGGGAGCAAUCAAAAAAGACACUGUCUGAACUCAUGGGUGUCUCUGAGAAAGAAUUUGAUAAUCUUAUUCGAACAUUUCAAAAAGAAACUAAUGAUUUAAAAACUUCUACAAGAUAUGUAAGAAUAUACGUCAUUCUCAUCGAUAUGAACGUUUCUAAAAUUAAUGAAAAUGAAAAUGAAAAUAAAAUUGUCAUUACAUCAUGA